CUAGGUGUUGGUUUUGGGAGCCAUAUUUGUUUUUGUAUUGCAAAGGCUGGGUCUGUUUUUCUGUAAUUUAGUCCUGCAUCGGGCAAUGUAAAGCGUGAUGGCGGCCCCGCGGGCCCAACCAGAGGCCGACUGCUCGGACGACUCUUCGCAGGACUGGUCUAUAGUGUCCACCGUACCGGACAAGUACGGAUUCUUCGGACAAGAACAUGUCCAAACAAACCACCCACCAGUGCCCCGUGAAGUUGUUUUGAGCAGAGAAAAGAAAUGGCUCCGCAUGCUCUCUAAUUGGGAUUACUUUAUGCAAGAGAAACACUCCAAGCUUCGAAAGCGAUGUCGUAAAGGAAUCCCGCACUCACUGCGCCCUCGAGCCUGGCAGUUUCUCUGCGGGGCUCAAGCUCUACAAGACAAGCACAAGGUGCUUUACCAGUCCCUGACUGAACAACCUGGCGAUCCCAAGUGCCUGGACGAUAUAAAAAAGGAUUUGCACCGGCAGUUCCCUCAGCAUGAAAUGUUCUGCAGCGAAAACGGUGUUGGCCAGCAGGAACUCUUCUUGGUGCUGAAGGGGUUUUCGGUGCUCGACCCUGAGGUGGGCUACUGCCAGGCGCAGGCGCCGCUCGCCGCUUUUCUGCUCAUGCACAUGCCCACGGAGCAGGCAUUUUGGUGCCUGGUGAGCGUGUGCCACAAAUACCUCAAUGGCUACUACAGCCACGGAAUGCAGCAAAUUCAGAUCGAUGGAGACAUUCUGUUUGGCUUGCUGAAGAAGGUCGCGCCACAGGUGUACCGCCACCUUAAGCGGCAAAAAAUCGAGCCAGUGCUUUACAUGACCGAGUGGUUCCUUUGUGCCUACACGAGAACCCUUCCAUGGUCUACAGUGCUCAGAGUGUGGGACAUGUUCCUCUUUGAAGGAGUGAAGGUGUUAUUCAAAGUAGGCCUGGUGUUGCUGAAAGGCAGCCUGCAGCCCAGAUUAAAGCGGUGUCCGACCAUGUACGAGACACUGGAAGCAAUCCGUCAACCACCGCCUGGCCUUCUUGAGGAGGAGGCCCUCGUGCAGCACAUGCUGCGUCUCAAGCUCACAGAAGAGGACUUCCAGAAGGAGCACUCUAGGCAGGUGGCCAAGCGCCAGAAGCGCCUUCAGCACUAGUCGCAAGUGGCCUCAUCUCGUUGAGCAGUAUUAUUAUUAUUAAAUUUAGUUGCAUGAACAAACACAAAUUGCACUGAAAUUGUGGCAUCUAUUGUGACAUGCCGCAGCCAUCUUAUCUCUAGUUGAUCUAACACUUUUUCACUUUCUCAAAUCAAUUUUUACCGCAAUCACUCAACAUUGCACUCCUUCCUCCAAACAAGAUGUUAUCCUCAAAGUAGUGUACAACAUGAUAACUAUUUAAAUUAUGUUUGUUAUUAAGUCUUUUGUACGUAAGAUCAAUAGAGUCUAUUGUUGCUGCUAGUUGGUCGCACUUAAAUGUGUAAGUGUUGACAUAUUCCAUAAAUUUUAUUGCUCGGAAAACUUAUCAAAGUUAGAUAAUUUUACCCUUAACCCUUAUCACAACUAAGUUAGCAUAUUAUGCAGGAAAUUCUUUAUUUUAAAAGCAUUUUUGGUGUAAACAGUUGCCCAAAGAAUUAUGUUGUGAUACACUUUGGACAUUUACAUUUCUUUGAAUUUUAACUUGGCUGAAAUUGAUGAAAAAUCUUUGUCUGGGAAUACAUUGCGUUCCUGUGUAAAUAAAGUCUGACUCAUUAUGCAAUUACAUGAAAA